AGUAAGCUACUCACAAAUGUACUUUCCAUUGAAACAACCAAGUUGGACAAGACGGGGUUCGAGCCGAACCAAAGGAGAAAAAAAAACAUUGAGUUUCAUGACGUGAAAGUGAACCGUUUGCUCCAGAAUCUUCUCUGAGAUAUCGUGCACUGUAAUGGCAUCUCCUACUGCUUCUGAUAUGUUCAUUUUGAAUAGCUGUUUGUAGGAAGACAAGUAGCUACGACUAAACGAGACGAUUCAUUUUAAUUUGUUCAACCUACUCAUGUGCGCCCGUAAAUCAAGUCACUUCCUGGUUUCUGGAACGCCUAAGCACAUGCACGUGAUUCUGAACAUCAUGAGAAACAUGAUUGGCUAGCUGUGUAUUGUUCCCGCCUUUGCUUGAAUGUCAUUCGGUCCUCAAAGUGUCAACAUCUUUUCGAAGCCGGAAAUCUUUGCAAGCUCGGAACUUCGGCAUGAAAAAUGCUAAGGUGGUUAGAAGUUGACGAGUAUCUUUAGGUUUAAUUUAAGUUGUUAAAGCGUUAAUAUUUCCUCAAAAUGUCCAAAAUACAGCUGUUGAAUCUGUUUAUCACCGAACGGUUAACAACGGCAGCUGUUGAGCUAUUUGGAGAAAAUAAAACCGAGUACCAUGACCGAUUAAAAUCAGCGGCAGUUGAUAUAUUCAGGAUAGUGGAAAAGACGAUAAUAGAGUACUUGGAAGAGAUAUCCAGCUCAAAGCAGGAGAAUGGUCGUCUGCGGAGGAUUCUUCUGGAUUUGGGAGCAGACCCCCAGCAGCUAACUCGGGAGAUUCCACCUAAGCAGCAGCAACAACAACCACACUGUGAGCAGGAGUGGAGCCCCAGUCGGGUGCAGGAGGAGACAGAGCACACAUUGAUUACAGAGCAACAGGAGGAACUCAAGGCCAGUCAGGAUACCACAGAGGUCACACAGUUUAUAUUUCCUCCUCCAUAUGUGGAACGUGACUGUGAUCAGGACAGUGAAAGGGACCCUCUACCCACCAACACCACUGUCGGAAUCAAAACAGAACCUGAUGAUGGAGAGGACUACGGAGUAUCAGAACCAAUCAUUGACUCUCAGCCCCUCUCUGAACUUGGUCUACAUCCAGAUUCUAAAGUCUGCACUGAGGCCAAGAUAACCAGUGAGCUGAAAGCACCGUUGAGGGCUCACACAGAGAAGCGGUUACACAUGUGUACUGUGUGCAGGAAAAGCUUCACCAGGGCAGGCCAGUUAAAAAUACAUCAGAGAAUUAUUCACAUUGGUGAGAAACCAUACAGCUGUACUGAAUGUGGCAAAUCAUUCAACCACAAGGAAAUCCUGGACAGGCAUAUAAACACUCACACAGGAGUGACACCAUACAAAUGCCCUGUGUGCAGUCAAUGCUUCAUUAGCAGAAGCCAUUUAGGAAAUCACCGGAAAAUUCAUCAGAAAGAUGAAAAGCCAUAUAAGUGCAAAGAAUGCUCCAGGUCCUUCAAAGGCAAGGGAGCUCUGGUCAGGCAUAUGAAGACUCACAAUGGAGAGAAACCUUAUCAAUGUUUUGAGUGUGACAAAGGCUUCACACGUCAGGGACACCUGACAGAGCAUAUGAGAUCCCAUACAGGAGGGGAGAGCCUAUUUAAAUGUCCUGUGUGUGAGAAAUCCUGUAUAUCAGCCGUGGUUCUAAAACGCCAUCAGCUAAUUCACACCGGAGUGAAACCAUGCAGCUGCCAGGAGUGCGGAAAAAGCUACAGUCUGAAGGCAACACUAAAAGAGCAUAUGAGGAGCCACACAGGGCAACGACUUCAGUGUCCUAUGUGUGAAAAAUGUUUCACAUUUAAAGCAGGUCUAAGACAACACCUAAAAACUCACAAUAGAGAGACACCAUACAUGUGCAGCGAUUGCAGUCAAAGUUUCAGCCGUAAAUCGGACUUGAUCGGGCAUAUGCGCACUCAUACAGGAGAGAGAUUAUUCCGGUGCCUUCUAUGUGAGAAAUGCUUUAUAUCAGACUGUGAUUUAAAACGCCACCAGCGGAUCCACACUGGUGAGAAACCAUACAGCUGCAAGGAAUGCGACAAAAGCUUCACUCUUAAGGGAGGUCUGAAAACGCACAUGAAGAUACACACAACACGGAAACCCUACUGCUGCAAUGAAUGUGGCAAAUGCUUCCUCCACAAUACUAGACUGACAGACCACAUGAGGAGCCACACAGGGGAGCAGCCGUACAAGUGUGAUGUCUGCGGGAAAUGCUUUGUCUAUUCAAGCGAUUUGAAAAAGCAUGAGAGAAUUCACACAGGUGAGGAACCAUACAGGUGUGUUGAAUGUAACAAAUGCUUCAACUACGAGGGUAAUUUGCUAAGCCAUAUGAGGGUACACACAGGGGAGACAGGAGAGGAAGGAGAGGAGCCUCCAGCGUAUCUCUGCAGCGAUUGCGGCAAAAGCUUCCAUCAGAUGCGAAACCUUAAGCAGCAUAUGAAGAGUCACAAACAGAAGGCAAUGCUGCAGUGCACUAUGUGUGAAAAAGCUUUUCCAAAAGAAAGCCAACUCAAACUCCACGAGAGAAUUCACACUGGAGAGAAACCGUACCUGUGUAACACUUGUGGGAAAAGCUUUAGCAGGAAGGAACACCUGAAUGGUCACAUGAGGACUCAUUCAGGGGAGAAACCAUACAUGUGUCCUUCGUGUGGUAAAUGCUUUUUAUCAACAAGCGAUCUUAAACGCCAUCAGAGAAUUCACACUGGCGAGAAACCGUUUCGCUGUAACUAUUGCGAUAAAUGCUUCAAUCAGAUGAGUUCCCUGAAAUCACACAUGAAUAACAUUCACAAGAGGGAGAGCAUGUAGUUCUCGGUCAGGUGUAAAAUGUGU